UACGCUUUCAUUUCCCUCCAUGUGCCCAGCACUGGACUCAACUUCCUUUUGCAGGAAGAGAUAUACAAAGUAGAAUACAAUAUGCAUCAGGCCUUUUGCACGUUCCUCUUCAUGAAUUUACUCUUCCUGCUGCCUCACACGCCUUCAGGGAAAAAGUUCCGGUGGUGCACUCUUUCUGAUUUGGAGCAGAGAAAAUGUUCUCAUCUUGCACGGACUCUGCAAACUAUACUACCUGCUAGUCAUGCUUUCUCCAGGGUCUCCUGUGUCAGAGCCCACACUACACAGGAUUGCAUGGGCAAGAUAAGGGGAAAUAAAGCUGAUGCUGUGUCACUGGAUGCAGGGGAUGUGUAUACAGCAAUCAAGCAGUAUGACCUGGCCGUUGUAGCAAAGGAACGACACUCAGAUGGAAGUUGUAUAUACGCUGUGGCCGUGGCCCGGCGUGGCACUCUUAAUAUCCGCAAGCUAUUUAGAGCUCGCUCUUGCCACAAUGGAGCUCGAUGGACAUCAGGUUGGAAUAUCCCCUUUGGAUUUCUCCUCUCAAAGAACCUUUUAUAUUGGGAUGAGGAAGAGCCACUAAGUAAAGUUGUAAGUGCUUAUUUUAAUGCCAGCUGUAUACCAGGAAUUGGAAUUGCUUCUCCCAACCUGUGUGAGCUAUGCCAGGGAACUAAAUCCUUUGUACGGGACAGAAAUCAUUUCUGUGAGAUUAGUAGCAAUGAACCAUUCGCUGAUUCUGAUGGAGCAUUCAGGUGUUUGAAAAAUAGUGCAGGGGAUGUAGCGUUCAUGGAUCACCUGGCUAUAAUGACUCCAACUGAGUCUGACAUGGAGCAAUUUGAACUCCUUUGUCCUGAUGGUUCCACAGCAAAUUUAAGCUCCUUCCAGUCCUGCAACCUGGGUCAGGGACCCGGAAAAGCAAUUGUCACUCGUGGUCACCUCCACAGAGUCACCAAAAGAUUUCUUGUGCUGAUCCAGGAUCUAUUUGGCCUCACUGGGAAAGCAAAGCGACGAUUUUCUCUUUUUAAUUCAUUACCCUUUGGGGGACAAAAUCUUAUGUUUCAUGACUCUACUCUGGAGCUGCAAGUCCUGGGCAAUGAGGCUGAUGUGUCUUCAGUUCUUGGGAUGGAUUAUGUGGCUCUCCUUAAAGGACUUGGACAUGAAGGUAUUUCACUGGAUCACAGUGUCAUCCGCUGGUGUUGUAUCAGCACAGCUGAACUACAGAAGUGUGAGGACUGGGCAAUGAAUGUGAAAUCAGAUCCUCUAGUCUGUACCCUGGCGACAUCUCUUACGGGCUGUAUUGAGAUGAUCAAGAGAAAUGAGGCUGAUGCUGUUUCAUUAGAUGCUACUCAUGCAUACAUUGCAGCAAAGUGUGGACUGCAGCCAGCAGCUGUUGAACACUGGGGUCAUGUGUCUGAUUGCCCGACUGAUCCUUAUCAGAUGCCACUUAAUAUUUCAGAGAAAGGUUUUCCAACUCUUUUUGCCCUGGCAGUGGUAAAGAAAAGUAACAGAGCUGUAAGUCUUUCUGGAAUGAGCAGCCGGCGUUCUUGUCACGGAAACAUGUAUAGCGUUGCUGGAUGGCUGCUCCUUUCUAAAUACACAGUGCGGGGGCAUGAGAAUGACACAUGGGACUGUGAUAUCAACUCAGCUUACAGGAACUACUUCUGGAAGGGAUGCAUGCCUGGAGCAGACAACAAUCUGUGCAAGGUGUGUAUUGGCUGGGAAGAAGGCGACAGACUCAUGGGAAGAUGCACUGCCAAUCACAAGGAGAGGUAUUAUGGCAAUUCUGGUGCACUCAGGUGCCUAGUUGGAGAUCCAGACGGACGUAGCUUCGGAGAUGUUGCAUUCCUGGAACAUCACUCUUUACAUGAAAACAUUGAAAAUCUGGAGAGCUCAGGUUGGGCUCAUGGAUUGAGUGCCACAGAUUUUGAGCUACUCUGCCCAGAUGGAAGUCGUGCCCCCCUGACAGACUGGAACCACUGUAACCUGGGCACAGUUCCACCCAAUGUUGUGAUGACAAGGCCAAUUAUAACAGCCAAAAUUUAUGACUUCAUCAUAAAAUCUCAGGAUGGGUUACGACCUGACAAAGGCUCAGACUUUCAGCUUUUUCAGUCAAGGCAGAUCUAUGGAGAGGGUGACUUGCUCUUUAAAGAUUCCACCACUUGCCUAUUACCAGCUGGUCAUCUCAGGCUUCAGGAUUUGUUAGGGGAAAGCUUCAUACAGUUGGCAGACUCAGUCUUUGAGUGCACACACUCAGCUAUUUUAGAUUUCUGCAAAACAGAUAUAUGUGCAGAUUCCAGAAAUUCAACUCUGUAUGAUUCCAAACCAUGACAUAGCCUCACAAAAAGGCCUGAAAUCAGAGUACAGCCAGUUAUCCACUCUUUUCAGAAUGACUUUGUUCUCGCUCAUUGGAUGCCAGUGCUAUAGCCACGUCAGCAAGUCCUGUGUUUGUUUUCCAAAGCAAACAUCUCGGGCGUUAAAGAACCUCUUUUCAAGUUGCUUUACUGAGUUUGCCUUGUAACAGAAAUUAUAUAAUUAAAGAACUUUUGUAAUGAA